CAUCCGCCCGUCCACCCCCAGAAAAGAAUGGGAAUCCCCAUCACGCAACAACACCACAAACCCCGCCGCGCCCAAGGAGAAACGCACAGAGAGCAGCAGCAGCAAAAACCGCACCGCACCACGGCCCCGGGCGCGCGCGCGCACGGAGAAGUAACAGUUCUCGCCGGUGGACUGGUGGAGGAGGAGCGGUGCGAUGGGGUGCGGGCAGUCCAAGGAGGACGCGGAGGGCGCGGUGGCGAGGUGCCGGGAGCGGAAGCACCUGCUGCGGGCGGCCGUCGAGGCGCGGUACGCGCUGUCGGGGGCGCACGCGGGCCACGCCGCCGCACUCAGGAACGUCGGCGCCGCGCUCUCCGACUACGCCACCGGCGAGGCGCACGACGGCGGCGCGCUGCUGCGCCACUCCGCCUCCGCCGCCGCGGUCAUGUCCCACGGCCCAGGCGCCGGCGCCCAGGCCGCCGCGCUCGCGCUCCCUCCGCCCCCGCCGCCGCCUCCGCCGCCGCCCGGGCGGGCCGAGGAGGACGCCCCGGCGCUCGUCAGGUCCAUGAGCGCGCCCGACCUGCCGCUCGAGCCGGCUAUCAGGAAGAAGCCCUCCGGCGAGGCGCCCAUCAUGGAGGAGGAGGAGGACGGCGACGCGGAGGGCGAGGACGCGCGGCGUCCGGCCGAGGUGGAACCCCCGCCCCCCCCGCCGCCGCCGCCUACGACGCAGCUGCCGCCUCCCACGCGUUCCCCGCCCUCCCUGCCGCCGGACGCGGGCCACAAGGCCGCGGCGCCGCAGGGUGCUUCGUGGGACGAGUUCUUUUUCGGCUCCCAGGACGGCAUACCCAUCCCGCCGCCCACGCUGGGAGGAUCCACCACAACCGCCGCCUCGUGGGCCGCCGAGCGGGCGGAGGCCCCCGCGCCUCCUCCACCACCACCAGAGACAGAGGAGCAGCCUCUGCCUCCGCCGCCAGUGCCAGCGGCUGCUGCUGCUUCUGAAGACGUAGCCCAGGGUAAGAAGCCGGUGGUGGAGCCCGUGGCGCGGCGGGCGUUGACGCAGAAGGCCGCGAGGAGGGGGGAUGGCAAGAAAGGCAGGACGGUGGUGGUGGUGCCGCCGCAGGCGGCAAGGCUCGGCGAUAUCCUGCACGAACUUGAUGAUCACUUUCUCAAGGCAUCGGACAGCGCGCACGAGGUGUCCAAAAUGCUCGAGGCGGCGCGGAUGCAUUACCACUCCAACUUCGCCGAAACGAGAGGAUUUGUCGAUCAUUCUGCCAGAGUGAUGCAAGUUAUCACUUGGAAUCGCUCAUUUAAAGGCAUACCACAACCAGAAAACGUGAAGAAUGAAUUGGACGAUGAUGAAGGGGAAACACACGCUACGGUUCUCGAGAAACUGCUUGCAUGGGAGAAAAAACUAUCCCAUGAAGUAAAGGAGUUUGAGGUCAUCAAAAUGGAAUAUCAACAAAAGCUAGCUGUCCUGAACAAGAAGAAGCAGCGUGGUGCCAGUUCUUCAUCACUUGAGAAGAGCAAAUCUGCUGCUAGUCACUUGCACACAAAAUAUGUAGUUGAUUUACAAACAAUGGAGUCUACAAUUGCAGAAAUUAACCGACUGAGAGAUCAACAACUAUACCCAAAACUUCUUGAACUUGUGAACGGGAUGUGGCAAAUGUGGGACAAAAUGUAUGGGCACCACAAAGCGCAGCUGAAGAUCAUCUUAGAGCUCAAAUCGUUCGACAUCUCGGUUGCUGCACGGGAGACAAGUGAUCAACACAAUGAUCGGACAGUGCAGCUGUGGCACAUCGUUCAGGAGUGGCACACACAGUACGACAAGUUCAUGACAUAUCAGAAGCAGUACGUUGGGAGCCUCUAUAGCUGGAUCAAGCUGAAUGUUAUUCCCAUCGAUACCAACCUGAAGCCUAACUCGUCCCAACCGGUUGAGACCACACCUCCGAUCAAGAGGCUCCUACAUGCUUGGCACGAUAUCCUCGGGAAGCUCCCUGAUGAUGCUGCAAAGAAGGCCAUACACACGUUCGCCGAAGUGGUACACACGAUCCUAUUGCACCAGGACGACGAAAUGAAGCUGAGCAUAAAGAUUCAGGAGACCAGGAAGGACUAUGAGAGGAAGAAGAGGCAAUUCGAGGACUGGGCGCAGAGGUAUAUGGAGAAAAGAGCAGGUAUCCCUCAUGAGGCCGGCAAUCCCGACGGGACACGUGCCGAUCCGCUGGCGGAACGGAAGGUCGCCGUGGAGAGGUUGGAGCUUGUGCUGAAGGACCUGGAAGAGCAGUACAAGAAGCAAUGCAGGGUGGUCAGGGAGAAGUCUCUCAGCCUCCUCCGGACGAACCUGCCAGAGCUGUUCCGCGUCGUGUCGGAGUUCUCCCUUCAGUCGGCUGCAAUGCUCAAGGGCCUGUGGUCGAUCAUGAGCACAAACGACCAGUUGGAUGAUUGAUCUGUGUUUGUGUGUGCAUCAUUUCUUGUGGUGAUUUUUGUGUUCUUGUUGGUAGUUUGUUUUGUUGCUGUAUAUUUGGUUUUCAGUUGCAGUGCAAAAAGGAGAAGAUGGCUGGCUGUUAUUAUUUCCAGGUCGGGCUGUUGUAACUCAUAAUGUAUGUAUGUACAGGUGUCCUGUAGACUGUUUGGUAUAGGAAAUCACGAUUUUGUUUCAUCUAUCAACAGUUUUGGUAGGUUUUACAACCUUAAAACUUGCAACAACAGAAGAAGGAACACCAUUGCUUU